AUGAACGCUGCCCAGGAGGAAUUCGACGAGCUCUUCCGAGACAAGGAUCGCAAUAACAGACACCCCGAAGAUCGCCAGGACUCCCACUCCGAGUCCGACAACGACUCCACCGGCCAAGACGACGAGAAGGACAUCGACUCCGACUUUGGUGACUACGACCGCGAGGACGAAGAUAGCAGCAUGCGGACCCGCUACACCAUCCCCCAGGCCCGCUCCGAAGCCAACACUGGUCCCAAGGGCGUCAUUGCCGAUGCCCAGGCCUUUGAGCAGGCCAAGAAGCAGCGCUUCAACUUCCUGCGCAAGGACCCCGUCCCCAGUCGCCCCCGCAAGAAUACCAAGAGCGAGAAGAGCAGCGUCAGCGAUGACGAUGACGAAUUCAUGAACCGGUGGAGGGAGAACCGCUUGAAGCAGCUCCAAAGCGACCCCAAGCGUGUCGUGUCGCGCUCGAGGUCGCGCACCGACAGCCCUAGCCAGAGGAUGUACGGACGGCUGGUUACCGUCGACUCGGACGGCUACCUGGAGGCCAUUGAGCAGAGCCCUCAGAGCACAACCAUUGUGGUCUUCAUCUAUGACGAUCACUCUGAGAUCAGCAACAUGGUGGAGGAUUGCCUACGCACGCUUGCCAGGCGCAACGGCAUGGUCAAAUUCGUCAAGUUCCACUUCGAAGAUGCGGAAAUGAACGUGGCGGGUGUCCCCGCCAUUCUUGCGUACAGAGGUGGCGAGAAGUUCGCCGGCAUGGUUCCGGUCAUGGACGAGAUCCCCGACGAUGCGGAGCUCAAUGAUGUCACCCUGGAGGUGGCCAUGAAGAAGUGA